CGGCCCCGGGAAAUACCCCUAUUAGUUUUUGUUUGCUCGUUUUCUUUAGCAUAAUCAUGGCAUCAAUCACCUUGCUUGUUUUUGCAACCCUAAAAUUAUUUUAUUAAAAAUCUUUUUCUGCCUUGCUAAAAUAUCUCGGCAAUUUUAUAAAGCCGUCCGCUCUUUUUAUUAUUUUAAAUUAAAUUAAAAUAAAUAUAUUUUUUGGUCCGCUCCCUUAAAUAAAAUGUUUUGCAAUCCUUUCCUCUCAUUUUUUUUCCCUACCUUUUUUUCUCUAUAUCUGUUCCUGGAAAUUCGUAUCUGACAGCAGCCUUUCUUUUGGAAGUGUAUUAUGGCUUUGGCCUAAUUCUUUUGUUCUUGACCAAACCCCACCGAAGCCACCAUCUCAUACUUCUCCUGUUUGUCUUUCUCAACACACACUCAGGCAUGGACAACCACGGCUUCGUCUCAUGCCGCUUCCAUGUGCAUCCCUCCUUUUCCUUUUAUCCCCAUCGAGAGGAAGCAUCAGCCACACACACGCCAACCACCCUGCCUCUGCCUAGUUUUCCUCUUAUUUCUUUCUUCUCCUUCACGAAAGAAGCACCUUGAAGAAACCCCGCCGCCAUCGACGGCCUCACCAUGGCGCCGCCGCAGCUGACCACCCCGCGCCCGUCCGAGACCACCAGAAGCUCCGUCUCAUCGCCCCGGCCCUGCUCGUCCAAGGAAUCGAGUCGGCGUUCUCUCAAUCAACGGCAAACUCGCCGAUUCCCCUCUCCGGCCACCACGCACCGGCGAGAUUUCCGACCGCCUCCGACCUCGCCCGCCUCCGUCGAGGUGUUCAUCAGCUUCCUGGUGAGAUGGAGCCCCUUUUUCCUCUCUUCUCUGUCAUGUUUGCUUGCUGUUCGGUAUCGCUUAAUUCUGACGGAACUGUCGUCCCUUUCUGUCCGAGGUACGCGCCGGAGUUCGCUGUCCUUGCCGUCGCCUUGGGCCUCGCUGCACCAUGCUAGCACCGUCUCCUUCGACCCUUAUCAACAGCAACCUCUCGCAUUUGCUUCUUCCCGGAUAGGAUCGCGAAGUGGUGAUGUGAGAUACGACGAGUUCUCCAACAUGUUCUUCUGCAGCUUUCCACAGGUACAAGAUGACGACGUUAGCAAGGUUACCCUUCCGGCUUGGCUCGGGCAGUGGUUAUGGACGCCAUCUGAUUCGAACGCCGGCGGAAACGAAGGAGGAGUUGACUUCGGGAAAUUUGAAGAGGAAGACUAG